CGCACCGGUGAACUUUAUUGUGUUUCCCGGAUCCUGGGGUCUGGAGGCGGUGAAGUAUGCUCUGGGCGAGGACCAGCGGGCGUGGGACAGGGUUUCUGCGCGUCUUGCGACGUUGACAGUCCCUCUCCCUGUUUCCCUAGAGUGGUUGGGGCGAAUCUCUCUGUGCGGAUUUCGAGAAGGAAGGGGGCCGCCGGCUGCGCGGCUGGGUCAAGUGACUGACACCGGCUCGGCUGCCUGGGCCGCCAUCGCUUAGACCAGUGGGGGGCGGGGCUCGAUUGGCAGUUUAGAAAAAGAGGUAAAUAAGUUGGCUCCCGGAGGGUUGUUUAUUUCGAAAUUAAUGACUUUCGGAUUCUUCUUCCUGCAUCUGGUUCUGUUUACUUCUGGACAAGCAAGGUAUAUUAAAUAUAAAAGUGGAUCCUUUCCGUGAUAAAUGAAAAUGGCCAAUUCUUUAAGAGGAGAAGUAUUGAAUCUUUAUAAAAAUCUGCUGUAUCUUGGACGAGACUAUCCAAAAGGAGCAGACUAUUUUAAAAGGCGUCUGAAGAAUGUUUUCCUUAAAAACAAAGAUGUGAAGGACCCAGAGAAGAUCAAAGAACUUAUUGAACGGGGCAAAUUUGUAAUGAAAGAACUAGAAGCAUUAUACUUCCUUAGGAAAUACAGAGCUAUGAAACAACGCUAUUAUUCAGAUACCAACCAAACUAACUGAUCACUAUUACUAUAAUUUGACUGAAAAUCAGUGCCAGCUGUUUAUGUAUACCAGCUACUACAAAAAUAAUUCUAACUUAAAAUGUCGAGAUAUACAUUGUGUUAAAAAAUACCUGAGCUCCCUUACUGAACUAAAAUAGGUUUCAACUUCUAUUCAUACUGAGAGCUUUAUCAGCAACUUUUAUGCUCAGUUUUUAUACUUAAAUAGCAAUUUAUAUAAUGCUGCCAACUACCAAAGACUGAUGAGCACCCAAUUUUGAAUGAAAAAGUACUUAAUUUUUAAUUAAUAAAUUUUUGCCAAUUAUUUUCAGCCCAUCUCUGCAUUUUACUGAAGAGAAUGCCAUUUAAUGCACAUUUAAGUAAGCAAAAUAAUUUCUUGCAAGAUUAUUCCCCUUAACUUUUGAAGGAGUUCCUUAUUUUUGACUCCAUUUGGUACAUUAACAGCACAUAUUCAAGGUUCACUGCAAGAGAAAUAGCAUCUGGUAAUGAUUUAAGUGUAGUUAGUAGAAAUAAUAUGUACAGAGUAAGAUUAUUUCUGAACUUGAAACAGCCUGCCAGCGACUGGCAUUACAUAUACACCUAUUUAAUUAUUUCCAUUAUUAAUUUUGCCACUUGGCUACCUUUGGGCCUUAAAACAAAUCACCUGUUGUAUAUCAAUUACCUUCUUCAAUAAAAAGUAAUAAAUAAUGUUAUUCU